UCCCUACGAUCCUGUGGCAUUCCACAUUCAGUAACACGAAAAGCCUUCCCUGAUCUUUGUAAGCCUUCAUGAGGCUGUAAUCAACUCAUUGUGGGCCAUACUCUGUAUCCCCUACAAUACUCUCUCGACAUCAUUGACACGAUGCCCUUGUCAAUAUCCAGCAGUAAACUCAAAAGCUCUCUUCAUCUUCAUGGUGCCCCAGGCUCGUCCAUCUUUGGCUCGGGUGGGGGGUCAAGUGAUUCUAACCCUCAUGUCGACACGACCUCCAGUGCCACAGAGCCGCCAGCGCCGGAACAGGAUGAUACCGAAGUCCAGAGUCCCUCUGCGGUUCCCUUCACGUCACCGCCCACUGUCUCGCCUACAAGCCCCACACUCUCAUCUUACCAACAGCCCCUCAGCGACGAGGCCAGGGCCAAGAAGCAACAAGAGCUUUUCGAUAGCAUCAUCGACGACAAGCUCGGUACCAUCCCUCUUCGUCUCAUUGAUACAACGUCGGGCAAGUUAUGCUCUACGGGAGAAUUCUAUGCUCAUCUUAAAGAGUCUCACGCCUACAAGGAAGUUGAGGUGAAGAUUCUCAGGGCCUCUGAGAGGGAGAUGAAGGCAAUUGUUGAUACGUUCUUCGAAUUCGCUAUGUUCUCCCAUCGCUGGGGUGCUGCUGAUGACGAGCCCACGUAUCAGCACGUUAAGGACGCACUGAGCAUCUACGAUAUGACAGCACCAGCAGAAAUUGUCAAGUUGCAAAAGUUUUGCAUGACUGCCAGGGACAACCAGUUCCGAUGGGCUUGGAGCGAUACGUGUUGUAUCGACAAGACGAACAACGUUGAGCUCCAGGAGUCUAUCAUCUCCAUGUUCUCGUGGUAUCGGUUGUCGUCUGGCACCAUCGUCUAUCUCUCAGACGUCACGGACGAAGAAAGUUUCAGACACAGUGUAUGGUUCACCCGUGGAUGGACGCUACAAGAGCUCAUUGCCCCUCGGCUCGUCUGGUUCUAUAAGAAGGAUUGGACGCCAUAUAUUGAUAGCAAGCAGAACCACAAAGAAGAUCCUCAAGUCGUCAAAAUUAUAUCUCAGACUACGUCUAUUGACCGCAACGUCCUCAACCACUUUGUACCGGGUUUGAGAGAUGUCGGCCCAGACGAGGUCAAGAAGAGGAUGGGCUGGCUUGCGUCUAGGAGGACGGCUAAGAUCGAAGAUAUGGCGUACUGCAUGAUGGGCAUUUUUGGCGUUCAUAUGCCAGUCAUGUAUGGGGAGAAGAAGCACGCUUUUGUCCGCCUUCAAAAGGAAAUCAUGAACCUCACGGAAGACCUGUCACUGUUCGACUGGGUCGGGGAACCUUCAGACCUCCAUUCGUACUUUGCAUCGCACCCCCGCUGUUUCGCGAAAUCUGCAGCUGAAUGCAGGAGGGGCUCGUCGAAGCUCCCUCAUAUUAAGCUGUAUAAGAUGUCCAGGGACCUUACUACUGGUCUCACCGCCUCCGUCAUAAGAAAUGUCAAAAACCUCCUUCAUGACCCUCCUCACGGUCAUUUCAUUGCUAACGGGAAGAUGAACAUGCAAUUCUUUGUUCACGAGGUCACAACAUUGACACCAGUUGAAAUGACAGACCCUACCACUCAUGGCUUGGGCUAUCAUGUCAAGGCCAAAGGUCUCGCUGAGAUGACGAUUACGACCCAUAGACUUCUACCUGAUAUCACGGACGAAGAAGACUCGCCCAGCUACCGUCUUGUUCGGAUGUGGGAGGUCGGCCUUAUUCCGCCAGCAGAUGCUGCGGAAAUCGUGGACGCUGAAGCCGAAGAUGACGAAUGUCCUGAAGCGUCUGGAAAGCCUCCCAGUUGGCUGGGGAGAUCGAAGAGCAUGUUAUCAGACUCUUUAGACGCUGUGGCCACCGCAGUGUCUCACAACUCCGUGGUCAUGUUCUUGUCCUAUCUUCAGGAACCUUUCGUUGCGCAGCUGCUGAUGAAGAGGAAACAUGGAGGACCUUACGAGAGAGUGGGAACAACGGAGCGGCUGAUAGCAAAGCCUUCAUUGGGCUCUGUCCACUUUCGGGGGAUUAAGACCCUAAUUGUUCGUUAAUUCGGACCAUUCCGCAAUCACGCUGUAUGCUGCAUGUAUCUGUACGGUAGUUCUGUGUAGGAAUAACUCAGGCCAAGAAAAUG